CUGUCAUGUGACUGUCAUAUUUGUUUACUUAUUUAGACCACGUUUUGUAUGUAAGCCUCAUGCGAUUCCAUUAUUUUUGGUUUUAUUUGAUCAACGUUGCAGUGGCGACCCCUGCGCAUGAACUUUAGCCUGCAGUUCAGGACACUGGAGGGUCAUGACCCUGUCCGAAUGAAGAGGCUGGUUCUGAGCAACAUCAAAGAGCACGCGCGGCGCACGACCUUCCAAGACCUCGUGGUGCUGCAGAUGGGCGACCUCUUGCUGUCCAUGGACUCCAUCACGUCCACAUCCACGACCAUCCCAACAUCACACCGCCGAGCAACUAUGACAGUAUUGCCUAUGAGUACGUGUACGGCCUGUACCCGGGCAACUUCAGUGCAGCCCUCCUGGACCACAACUCACAGGAGUUCCGGGUGGCGGCCUGGGAGUUCUGCGGCGGGAUCAGCAGCAUCUUUAGAAACCUGGGGAUCCGGGACAUCAGGGAGAGGUACCAGGGUUGCUACGUCAACGCUUUUGGGGACGGGGUGGAGACCACCGUUAACUUCACGAUCGUCUUCAACGAGACGACGGUCAUCGAGAAGGAACGCCUCUACUCCAUCAUCUUCUACUCACAGCUGAUGGAAGGCAUGGAUUAUCUGCCCAUAGGGUCGCUGUGGGUGACAGCCAGUCAGUCCGCUCGGUACUACCUGCUCAUGCUGCAGCAGUUCACUACCCACCCGUACCCCUACAUCACCACCACCCCGCCAAGUGUGUUCACCUACGUGGAGAUCAAGUUCCAGGUGCAAGCACCAGAGUGGACCUCUGACCUCGCCGACUCGUCGUCUGCGCGCUUCCAGACCCUCGCGCAGUCGUUCUGUAGAGAUGUGUCCAGAUGGAUAAAGGAAGAAAUUGCUGACUACCUGGGAUGCGAAGUGCUUCGGUUUGAGAGGAAUCCUAUGUUAAUCGUGGCCGACCUGACAUUCAGGGGAGAGCAGCCUGCCAGCCUGGACAGCGAUGUGGACACCAUCUUGUUCGAGAUGCCGGACUGGGUGAUCGUACAGAACGAGUCGGCGGCCAUCAAGAUCGGCGACCUCUACAUCCACGCCGACUCCUCCUCUACGGCGUCCGCACAGCGCCGGCAGGGUCCACAGCUCCACUGGAAAUGACCACAACAAUCUCUCCCUCCACACCUUCACCCACCCCCACACUUCCAGCCAACCCGUGUUUGCUUGGUGGCGACACCUACCGGCACCCUGCGCUGUGUGACCGCUUCCUGCAGUGUGUGGGGGACCAGCCCUUUGAGAUAGAGUGUGGGCCAGGCUCCAUCUACACUGACGGCACGUGCAAAACUCCGCUACCCGGCUUCUUGUGUACCUCAGCCCCCACCCUCCUGUGAUCCCCUCCCACCCUGAAACUGACCCUGAGUUCGCCAGUGGAAUAAAACAUUUUUCUAUGUAAGCCUAUUUUCUCCAAAGGAAACAAAUUUUUCAAUCUCCCUAUGGCUAUCACUUUUUAAUAUCUAGAAACACAAACAUUGAAUAACUAUAGAAAAUAUUUGUACACACCUAUUUCAGAGUUAUUUAGGAAAUAUUACUAAUGUAAUCUAAUGUUAUUAUCAGCUAAAAUAAUUUUGUAUUUUAUUUUGAAUUAAAAGAAUAAAAUUUUGUCGCGGUGCACUAGAUCACUUUUAAACAAAAAUUGUGCAAAACUGUGUUUGUGUUUGUGUUUAAAUAAGAGAACAAUAAAACGAAAGAACACAAUUUAAUAUUUCUCAAGUAUUGUUAGUAGAUGACCGGAGCUAGCCACAGUCGUCCUCUGAGUUUCUGUCCGGACAAUGACAAGUGUUUCAUGUGUGAAGUGUCUUCCUGACAAUGUUUUAUAUUACCACAGUGAAAAUAAACAUGGUCUUGUUUUCACAAUGACUCUGUAAAAUGACUAUAAACACUGUAAAGUUUUCUUCUUUUUUCUUGUUGAUGUCUGUGCCUUCUUUAAAAUUGUUGUGAUUAUCAGAAACAUUUUGCGGUUGGCCGAGGCUGCAACCAUUCAGUUUUAGCAGAAUGAUUGCAGAUGACUAAGCAUUUACUUCGCUUGGCAAUAAUCAUGGCCCUCAGCUAAUGAGUUAAUGUUCCAUUGUUUAGUUCAUUUGGUCAAUAUUUACUAUAAUUAAUUACAGCCCAAUCGGUGAUAAUCUAUUGAAGUGUCCCACAGUUAAUCUGCUUUUGUGCUUAAGCCUCCUGUACAGCAGCAUGCAAAGCAUUAAAUAAUUUAAUCGUUUUUUUUAAUUUACUGUUUUUCCUUAGCUUGACAUUGGGCAUGCUCACAAAAUUAUCUUCAAGGCAAUUAUAUUGAUAUGUUGAACAAUAUCACACUUUAUUUGAUUACUACAGAAGUAUGUAGGAGAGGAUUCUCACAGUGAGAGAGAAGUAUGUAGGAGAGGAUUUAAUUGUUGUGGUGACAGGUGCUUUAGCCACUGUAUCAACAACUGCUGACAAGGCUUUGGUGUGCAUAUUGUUUUCUAUGUAACAUGAUUCAUCUUGAUUUUGAUGCCAAGAUGUAGGGUUAUUUUACCUCCCCCGCAGUGACCCCAAAUAAAGAGAAAGAAAAGUC